GUGCCUAUAAGACAGUGCGCGAUGAAUGGUCCCGGGUGAACACAAUGCCCGUUGCCGCCACGGGUGUAGGAUUGCUGUGGUCUGUCUUGUCCCUGAUCGCUUCGGUGCUCAAUUCGGUGGGUUUCUAUAGUCCCUACUGGCUGCGAGGCACCUCCUUCAACCGGACGCAGGUGACGUUCGGAUCGUUUCGUCGCUGCGUCUACCCGCGAUUGGGUGAAGACGGCGACUGGGUCAUGGUGUACGAGUGCGGACGCUACACUACCUUUUCGGACAUCCCCAGCGUGUCGUGGCAGAUCGUCACCGUGGCGGUGGGAGUGGGUUCGGCCAUCUCUUUGCUGGCCGCCUUCACGGCGCUCGCAUCCUGCUGCAUCUCGGACGUAUUGACCAAGAGCACGGCCAGGAUAUUGGGCAUGAUUCAGCUGUUAGCAGAUCUUCGAGGAAUUACACUUUCUACAAUUUCCACCACUAAAACUUUCUUCACUAACUGGCUUCUGCAGCUGCUUUUCUCCUUUCGUCCAAUUACGUUUCUUUAUCUUCAGUGUCUUUGACUUUGUCGAUUCACUGGAAUGUUUCCUGCCUUUUAUCUUUACAAAAUACCGGUGAUUGUAAUUAAAGUAACCGUAUUCAACGCUGUCUUGAAUGAUAUUUAGCAGUCCAAAUACAAUUAUAUUUGACGCGGUGGUAUUUCGGAACGUGCGAAAGACAUUUCCGAAAUUGUAGUAUCUAAACUGACCAUUACGGCACUUUUGGCACUGCGAGCGACAAAUUUUUCAUUUAUACGAGACAAUACCAUUUACGCAUAGACCCUAGAGAUAUAGGGGUAUUACUACUCAAUGUCUGUUUUAUUCUGUAGGUGUAAACCUGCAUUUUCUAUAACUAACCUUCUCUGUAGCCCAUCUUGCGGAUAAAACCACUGAACAGUAGAAGUUGGUCGUGAGUGGGCUGAGGAAGUGGAUUUUACCGGGUUUCUCUACCUGUCUAACACCUAAAUAGGAGCCAGUUUCCCGUAAAAGUCCCGGAGGCACCCUUUCCUUGGCAGAUCGCCCAUGUGUUGCGUUGCCUUCUGUUUGAGAAGCAUCACAAAGAAUUGGAUUGAAAUAGAUUUAUUUCAAUCCAAUUCUCUGUGAUGCUUCUGAAAUAGCUUACAGUGUAAUGCUGUUUUGCAAAGACUUCCAAAUAUGCUACAUUUUCUCGAUAAAUCACACUUUUUUAACUGUCCCCAUAACCAAAAAUCAAACGGAUUAAGAUCUGGAGAACGAGGUGGCCAAGCGAUAGGAAAUGCACCACUAAUCAUUCUGUUAUUAGAAAUGAUGUUGAAGAAAUUGUUGUAUACAGCGUCUGAUGUAUAAAAGGAUUCUGCAUCAAAGUGAAGAAUGGAGGCAUUGUCACUAUAGCAGUUGGGAAACAAAAUGUUUUUCAUCUUUCGGUAUCUCUGGACUGUCACAGAGAGUGUUACAGGUCUAUUGAGAGUAGCUUCUUCAAAAAGAAUGGUGCAAGGAUAAAUGUAACUGUGAAUCA